CUAAUUUCUUUCAAACCAUAAUAAGUGCUUGAAUUUUUGUUCAUAGGGGAUUAGUGAGUUGCAACAAUGUCUUGUGCCACCUUCAAUGUUGGAGCUUCUUUCAACCUUCAUGGACGCUCUCAUGUUGGAAAUUCCAAUCCAUUUCAUUUUAGAGUCCAACACUGUGUUUUGCACAAGCCUUCUUCUACUUCUCUCUUCAUUCAGAACUUGAAUUUGAGGAGCUCCAAUGUUAGUGUUAGUGCCUCAAGUCCAUUCCACAGUGUUUUCAAAUGCUCUGCUCGGAACUCAGAGUCAUCGGGUUCUGUUGGGGUUGAUACAAACAAUAGUUCUCAAGAAAAGGUGAUUGUUCUUGUAAUUGGUGGAGGAGGACGCGAACACGCACUUUGCUAUGCCUUGCAACGAUCACCAUCCUGUGAUGCUGUAUUUUGUGCCCCCGGCAAUGCAGGAAUUUCCAGCUCUGGAAAUGCUACUUGCAUUACAGACCUCAAUGUCUAUGAUGCAGCAGCAGUAAUCUCAUUUUGUCACAAACAGGGGGUGGGACUUGUUGUUGUGGGACCCGAGGCUCCACUUGUUGCAGGUCUUGUAAAUGAAUUAGUUAAGGCAGGAAUCCCAACAUUUGGCCCAUCUGCGGAGGCUGCAGCGUUGGAAGGUUCUAAGAAUUUCAUGAAGCAUUUGUGUGACAAGUAUGAUAUUCCAACUGCUAAGUACAAAACAUUUACAGACCCAUCCGUUGCAAAACAAUAUAUUCAAGAACAAGGAGCUCCAAUUGUUAUCAAAGCAGAUGGACUGGCUGCUGGAAAAGGAGUUACUGUUGCCAUGUCACUGGAAGAGGCGUAUGAAGCUGUAGAUUCAAUGCUGGUAAAGGGUGAUUUUGGUUCUGCAGGUUGUAGGGUCAUUGUUGAGGAGUAUCUAGAGGGAGAAGAAGUAUCAUUUUUCGCAUUGGUUGAUGGAGAAAAUGCAAUUCCACUUGAAUCCGCUCAGGACCAUAAACGAGUUGGUGAUGGCGAUACGGGGCCUAAUACUGGCGGCAUGGGUGCGUACUCUCCAGCUCCAAUAUUAACCAAGGAACUUCAGUCAAUAGUAAUGGAUCAUAUUAUCACCCCGACAGUGAAAGGAAUGUCAGCAGAAGGUUGCAAGUUUGUUGGCGUUUUGUAUGCUGGUCUUAUGAUUGAGAAGAAAUCUGGCAUGCCUAAGUUAAUCGAGUAUAAUGUGCGAUUCGGCGAUCCAGAGUGCCAGGUUCUCAUGGUUCGGUUGGAGUCUGAUCUGGUACAAGUUCUGCUUGCGGCUUGCAAAGGAGAGCUCAGUGGGGUAUCUCUGAACUGGUCACCCGGGUCGGCCAUGGUAGUGGUAAUGGCAAGUAAGGGAUAUCCCGGGAAAUACGAGAAGGGAACUUUGAUUAAAAACCUCGAACAAGCCGAGCAUGCUGCCCCUGGCAUAAAGAUAUUCCAUGCAGGAACUGCUUUUGACUCUGAGGGAAUAUUCAUUGCAACUGGUGGGCGUGUUCUUGGUGUAACAGCCAAGGGAGACAGUCUUGAAGAAGCACGUGAUCGAGCCUAUCGAGCCAUCGACGAGAUUAACUGGCCAGAAGGCUUCUAUCGCCGGGAUAUUGGUUGGAGAGCCCUUCCGAAAAAACAAUAUGCUACUAAAGGUUGAACUAUUGGAAGAGUCAUAUUUAGGCACUGAUCAAUAACUGUCAAUAAGGUACAAGCGCAUGAGAUUUCCUCAAUUCCUCCAAGUAAUGAGGAAUUCUCCUCAUCUGAUGAAUUUUGUAAUUUAUUUUUGUAUAACAAGGUAAUGUGGUUACAGCAUAAACCAUUUGGGGCUGAAUGGGGAACCUCAUUUCCAUCGUUUAUUGCUCGUCCCCCAAGAGUAUGGUUCUUUUGGUCACAUACAACGUUUCAUAAAA